GGGUUGGACCCCCUGUACACAGCCCUCUAUAGUUAGACAGGCAACUCCCCCUCCAGUGGUAGCCUCACAGUGAGCUGAGCUCACAGCAGCAGUGUCUCUCUGUCCUGAAUGAGCUGCAGAGAUGCCGCCCAAGACUGUUACGUCGCUUAUCAAAGACACACUGAGGGAUCUCAAAGAGGAAGAUUUCAAGGAUUUCUGCUCUGAAAUUUUGGACCGCAGGGAUGAGCCACGGAUCAGACAGAGUGAUCUGGAACACAAGAGUCUCCUAGAAGUUGUUGGUGUCCUGGUUAAAACCUUCACAGAGUCCAAGGUUGCGGAGGUGGUUGUGGAGACGUUGGAGAGCAUUCGCUGCAAUGCUCAAAAAGAGAGCCUCACCAAGUACCUGAGGGAUGCAUCUUUCUCCACUUAUGGAGACAUCAUGAUGGUGGAAACUACCGGUGCCUCAGUGCAAACAGCUCAGCAGGAUAAGUUGAAAUGCUCAGGUGUGAAGGCAUCUUACGCCAUGGCAGAGAGGGAUUUGAAUGAAAUGAACAAGUACAAAUCCACCAUCAAUAAUGUGGCUGAUAAGAAAAAAGUUCAUCCAGCUCUCAUUGCCGGCCUCAUCUCCAGAUCGAGCAGGGUUGGAAAGACACUGAAUGACGGCUGGGGGUGCUAUGAUGAAAACAGAAAAGCGUAUAAUACUUUUGGGCUGAUGCAGAUUGAUGUCAAUCCAGAAGGAGGUGGACACAAAGCAAAAGGCUCAUGGGACGGUGAGGAACACCUCUGUCAAGCCAUCGACAUCCUGAUUGAGUUUCUGUCAUGCAUAAAGAAUAACUUUCCUGACUGGAGCAAGGAGCGACAGCUGAAAGGAGGGAUAGCAGCCUACCAUGCAGGGCCCCUGGCCAUCCACUCCUAUGAAGAGGUGGACGCCAAAACCUAUGGCGGAGACUUCUCCAACGAUGUGGUUGCCAGAGCUCAGUGGUACAAAAGCAAAGGAGGUUUUUAAAAACUGAGGCUGUCCACAACCUCCUUCAAAUCACACAGGGACCAAUGUCUGUAAUAAAUGCCAUGUAUUAAAAAAGAUGCACACACUGUUAUUAAGUGCCUGACAAAACACUGUAAGGAUUUAUUCAUGUGUGUGAUCUCAUGUCAUAGUAUUUUCCUUUUAUUUACAAGUGUAAUUAAAUUUGCUUAAUUUUCCUACAAAA